AUGUCCACUGAGAAAUGCUUUCAGGCUGGAGGCGGAGGGGUGGAGGUGAAGAAGUUCCCUGGCAAGGAUGAGAGGAGAGAAAACGCCGGCUACUGGGGCGUGGCCUUCAUCGCAUGGGGUGGAGCCGGGCGCUCUGCGGAGGGGGCGUGGCAGGGGACAAGGAAGCGCAGAGAAGGGAGCGGGGCGGGGCCCGAAUUUGGGGGGCCGGGCGCUGGGGCUGGAACAAAGGCAGGGGCGGGAACAAAGCUCUGCAACACCCCAUGCCCGGAGGGGAACAAAAGGCACUCCUGGCCCAGUGGCCGGACGCCUCACCGCCAGCGCCACGUGCGCCUGUGGUGGUGGUGGUGGGAUAGACAGCGCCCCUCGUUCCGCCCCAGGACUCUGUCCGGCCCCCGCCUUAACGUGUGCGCACUUGGGGGGUCCGGCCUGGGCUCUCGGACCCUGCUGGCCUCCCGCAUCCUCCAGGAAGUCCCCUCAACCUGCCGUAGGGUUUCGAACCGGAGGCCUCAGGACCCGAGGGUACAGAGGCAGGCCCCGUCCUCAUGCGCGCUGCGGUCACUGCGCAAGGGGCAACGGCCCACUCCCAGCGGCGUGUCCAUCCCUGGUGCUUCCUUGCGCGUUGUCUUCAGACAGGAUUUCCCCUACAUCCCCAAGGCUGCGGCCGCCUCAGACCCCACCUCCGGGCCGCACGGCGCCCAGGGCGCGUGCGCGGAGGCGUCGGCGCCAGUUAUUUCUGUCCCGCCCCCCGGCCGCGGCUCUUUCUGCGAGCGGGCGCGCGGGCGAGCGGUCGUGCGCGUGGAGCGGGACGCGCUGGAGCUGCUGGAGCACUGCGGCCUGUGUCGCGAGCGCCUGCGGCCGGAGCGGGAGCCGCGCCUGCUGCCCUGCCUGCACUCGGCCUGCAGUGCCUGCCUCGGGCCCGCCGCGCCCACCGCCUCUAACAGCUCGGGAGACGGCGGCGCGGCGGGGGACAGCGCGGUGGUGGACUGCCCUGUGUGCAAGCAGCAGUGCUUCUACAAAGACAUCGUGGAGAACUACUUUAUGCGUGACAGUGGCAGCAAGGCCGCCACCGACACCCAGGAUGCUAAUCAGUGCUGCACCAGCUGUGAGGAUAAUGCACCCGCCACCAGCUACUGUGUGGAAUGCUCCGAACCGCUUUGUGAGACGUGUGUGGAGGCACACCAGCGGGUGAAGUACACCAAGGACCACACUGUGCGAUCCACCGGGCCGGCCAAGACGCGGGACGGCGAGCGCACUGUGUACUGCAGCGUACACAAGCAUGAGCCCCUCGUGCUGUUUUGCGAGAGCUGCGACACCCUUACCUGCCGGGACUGCCAGCUCAAUGCCCACAAGGACCACCAGUACCAGUUCCUGGAGGACGCGGUGAGGAACCAGCGCAAGCUCCUGGCCUCAUUGGUGAAGCGCCUUGGGGAUAAGCAUGCAACACUGCAGAAGAGCACCAAGGAGGUUCGCAGCUCGAUCCGCCAGGUGUCAGACGUGCAGAAGCGUGUGCAGGUGGAUGUCAAGAUGGCCAUCCUGCAGAUCAUGAAGGAGCUGAACAAGCGGGGUCGUGUACUGGUCAAUGAUGCCCAGAAGGUGACUGAGGGGCAGCAGGAGCGGCUGGAGCGGCAGCACUGGACCAUGACCAAGAUCCAGAAGCACCAGGAGCACAUCCUGCGCUUUGCCUCCUGGGCCCUGGAGAGUGACAACAACACGGCCCUGCUGCUGUCCAAAAAGCUGAUCUACUUCCAGCUGCACCGUGCCCUCAAGAUGAUUGUGGACCCUGUGGAGCCACAUGGCGAGAUGAAAUUCCAGUGGGACCUCAACGCCUGGACCAAGAGUGCUGAGGCCUUCGGCAAAAUCGUGGCAGAGCGCUCGGGCACCAACUCCACAGGUCCUGCACCCAUGGCUCCCCCACGGGCCCCGGGCCCACUGAGCAAGCAGGGCUCAGGCAGCAGCCAGCCCAUGGAGGUACAGGAAGGCUAUGGCUUUGGGUCAGAUGAUCCCUACUCCAGUGCAGAGCCUCAUGUAUCGGGUGUAAAACGGUCCCGCUCUGGUGAGGGUGAGGUGAGCGGCCUAAUGCGCAAGGUGCCACGGGUGAGCCUCGAGCGCCUGGACUUGGACCUCACAGCCGACAGCCAGCCGCCUGUGUUCAAGGUAUUCCCAGGCAACACCACAGAGGACUACAAUCUCAUUGUCAUCGAGCGUGGUGGUGCUGCCGCGGCUGCCGGCCAGCCCGGAACUGCGCCCCCUGGGGCCCCUGGAGCCCCGCCCCUGCCCGGCAUGGCCAUUGUUAAGGAAGAAGAGACAGAGGCAGCCAUUGGUGCCCCACCUGCUGCUGCUGAAGGCCCCGAGACCAAGCCCGUGCUGAUGGCCCUGGCAGAGGGUUCUGGUGCAGAGGGCCCCCGCCUGGCCUCACCCAGUGGUAGCACCAGUUCGGGCCUGGAAGUGGUGGCCCCUGAAGGUGCCUCGGCUCCAUCUGGCGGCCCAGGUGCCCUGGACGACAGUGCCACCAUCUGUCGUGUCUGUCAGAAGCCAGGCGACCUGGUCAUGUGCAACCAGUGCGAGUUUUGCUUCCACCUGGACUGCCACCUGCCAGCUCUGCAGGAUGUGCCAGGGGAAGAGUGGAGCUGCUCACUCUGCCACGUGCUGCCUGACCUGAAGGAGGAGGACGGGAGCCUCAACCUGGAUGAGUCCGACACCACUGGUGUGGUGGCCAAGCUUUCGCCAGCCAACCAGCGGAAGUGUGAGCGUGUCCUGCUGGCCCUGUUCUGCCAUGAGCCGUGCCGCCCCCUGCACCAGUUGGCCACUGACUCCACCUUCUCCCUGGACCAGCCUGGUGGCACCCUGGACCUGACGCUGAUCCGUGCCCGUCUCCAGGAGAAAUUGUCGCCUCCCUACAGCUCCCCCCAGGAAUUUGCCCAGGAUGUGGGCCGCAUGUUCAAGCAGUUCAACAAGCUGACAGAGGACAAGGCAGACGUGCAGUCCAUCAUUGGCCUGCAACGCUUUUUUGAGACGCGCAUGAAUGAAGCUUUUGGUGACACCAAGUUCUCAGCCGUGUUGGUCGAGCCCCCGCCGCUGAGCCUACCUGGUGCUGGCCUGGGAGCCCCCGAGUUGCCCGGCGGCCCCAGUGAUGGCCUCUGAGGCUGGUGCCCUCAUGACCGGCCUGGCUCUGUUCUGUCCUGUUCCCCCUUCCCUGCUUCCUGGUGGCCCGGCUCCCACUCCCUGGUGGCCCUGUCCCCAGCUCCUCACAAUAUGGUUUUUACUUCUGUGGAUUUAAUAAAAACUUCACCAGUU